AUGGAUGAUACCAGGGAUGUAUCCGAGGAUGGUCAAACAGAUAUUGAUCAAGAGAUCAGCACCGCAGCCUCUCUCGAGGAAGACACCGAUUGGCGGGAGGAUGAUGGCAAGGAUGAUCUUGCAGAUGUCGCUGUUGAGGCAGAAGACGGGUUGAGGUCAGUCGUCGUCUCAAGCUUGAAAAAGCAAAACAGAGGGAAAACAGCGACUUACGAAGCGGUAAAGGCCAUCUUGGACGAGCGAGAGUAUCUAGGGAGCAAGAGACGCAGAACUUGA